AUGGCGUUGCGCUGCGUACUUGCGGUGCUGGCUAUCGCCGGGAUCACUCUCGCUGAUCCAGAGACUGUCACCAAACUUAAAGUUGAAGUAGUCAGUACUCCCGAAGGCUGCACAGAAAAAUCUAAGAAUGGUGACAUGCUUACUAUGCACUACACAGGCACCCUAGACGACGGCCACAAGUUCGAUUCGAGUUUAGAGUCGUUAUUGGCGUAA